AACACCUGGCUGAAUAGAGAUGGACUGGAGCCACUGCACCUCCAUUGGCUUAGUGUUCAUCCUGGCUUUUCUAUACAUUUUGAAAAUAGGAGGUUUCUGGAACAACCGCCGGAGAAAGAAUUUUCCCCCAGGACCAAGAGCACUACCAAUCAUUGGAAAUCUGCAUUUGUUUGAUUUGAAGAGACCCUACAGGACUUAUCUACAGCUGUCAAAAGUAUAUGGUCCAGUCUUCAGUGUGCAGAUGGGGCAAAGGAAGAUAGUAGUGAUUUCUGGGUAUAAAACAGUGAAGGAAGCUCUUGUAAACCAUGCAGAUGCAUUUGCAGAGAGACCUAAAGUCCCAAUCUUUGAAGAUUUGACCAAAGGAAAUGGGGUUGUUUUUGCUCGUGGGGAAAACUGGAAAGUGAUGCGAAGAUUUACUCUCACAACCUUACGGGACUUCGGAAUGGGGAAAAGGGCCAUUGAGGACCGCAUUGUGGAGGAGUAUGGGUAUCUGGCAGAUAUCAUUGGGUCACAAGAAGGAAAGCCCUUUGACCUUAGUAAAAUAAUUAAUGCAGCAGUUGCUAACAUAAUCGUGUCAAUAUUACUUGGAAACCGUUUUGACUACAAAGACUCCAGAUUUGUGAGACUUAUACAGCUGACCAACGAAAACAUGAGGCUCGCCGGGAAACCUUUGGUUAUGCUGUACAACAUCUUCCCAUACCUUGGACUCCUCCUAAGGGCUAACAAGAAUCUGCUCCGAAACAGAAAAGAAUUCCUUGAUUAUAUACAAGUUACUUUUGUGGAACAUCUCAAAACCCUAGACAAAAAUUUUCAAAGAAGUUUUAUCGAUGCUUUCCUGGUUAAACAGCAGGAGGAGAAAUCCACUACCAAUGGGUAUUUCCAUAAUGGCAACUUGAUUGGCUUGGUGACCAACUUGUUUACUGCUGGUGUUGAGACAAUUUCCACCACACUGAACUGGAGCUUUCUGCUGAUGCUGAAGUACCCUGAAAUUCAGAGAAAGGUCCAAGAAGAGAUAGAGCAAGUGAUAGGGUCAAACCCCCCCCGGAUUGAGCAUCGGACUCAGAUGCCAUAUACAGAUGCUGUCAUCCAUGAAGUUCAGAGAUUCGCUAAUAUCCUGCCAUUGGAUUUGCCUCAUGAGACUGCUGCAGAUGUCACUCUCAACGGCUAUUUCAUCCCCAAGGGAACCUACAUCAUCCCCUUACUGACCUCUGUCCUGCAAGACAAAUCGCAGUGGGAGAAACCGGACAUGUUCUAUCCUGAGCACUUUCUUGAUGCCAACGGAAAAUUUGUGAAGAAAGAUGCUUUCAUGCCUUUCUCAGCAGGGCGGAGGAUCUGUGCCGGUGAGACUCUUGCCAAAAUGGAGCUCUUCCUCUUCUUCACCAGUCUCCUGCAGAAGUUCACCUUCCACCCUCCCCCUGGAGUUUCUAUCUCAGACCUGGACCUCAGCCCUGCUGUUUCAUUUAACAUCAUCCCCAAACCCUAUAAAAUAUGUGCUGUAACACGUUCCUAGAGCUCUAAUCAGCAUAAA